CUCCAUUCCACAGAAUUUUUUUUUUUUUUCAAGGGGAAGUCCUUUCUCUGAACCUUGGCUUUCACACAAGUUGGUGGUUCUCUUGAAAAUGACGGCUUUCCUUCGUGCUACUUCAGCCCUCAAGCAUGGAAGGAGACGGGCACGAGAAGACAGCUGGGCAGACUUCUCAAGAGGCGUCUGUCAUUUCAGGCUGUUUGUCUUGCUAGCUAUGCUUCACAGUGGAGUAAGCAGCAGCAUUGUGCUGCAGAAAAUGUAUGGCAGGAUCACGUCCCCCAACUUCCCAAAUGUCUACCCAAAUCACAAGGAGAGAACCUGGAAUAUUACUGUCCCCACGGGGUAUUCUGUCCGCAUCUACUUCACCCAUUUCAACCUGGAGCUGUCUUACCUGUGUGAAUACGAUUAUGUGAAGCUGAGCUCUGGUGGGAGGACCUUGGCUACGCUGUGUGGAAAGGAUAGUACAGACACUGAGGAUGCUCCGGGCAACAAGACAUACAUCUCCGUUGACAACAACCUCAUGGUAGUGUUCCGGUCUGAUUACUCCAAUGAGAAACCAUUCACAGGCUUUGAGGCCUUUUAUGCUGCUGAAGAUAUCGAUGAGUGCAAACAGCUGUUUGAUGGUGAACCCCUCUGCAAUCAUCACUGUCACAACUACGUGGGGGGCUACUAUUGCAGCUGUCGGAUUGGCUACACACUGCAUGAAAACAAGAGGACAUGCACAGCCCACUGUCAGAGUCAGGUUUUUACUGAAAGAAUUGGAGAAAUCACCAGCCCUGACUAUCCAACACCUUAUCCCCCGCUCAGCUCCUGCAGCUACAGUAUCCAGGUAGAAGAUAGCUUCCUGAUCAUGCUGGAAUUCAUGGAGACCUUUAAUGUGGAGACACACCCAGGAGUGUUGUGCCCCUGUGAUGUCCUUAAGGUUAGAACACCCAAAAAGCAAUUUGGCCCAUUCUGUGGAAAGACUUUGCCUGCAAAAAUUGAGACACAGGCUAGUGUUGUGAAUAUUACUUUCCUAACUGAUGUCUCAGGAGCACACGCUGGGUGGAAAAUGAAACACAGGGCAACAGGUUUGCCAUGUCCCAGUCCUGAGGCACCACCCCAUGGUGACAUCGCACCAGUGCAAGCGCGGUACAUUCUGGGUGACCACUGUGCUCUCUCUUGUGACAUCGGAUCUGUGCUACUUGAAAAUUGAAACGUUGUGAAGUCUUUUGUAGUGGAAUGUCAAAAGAAUGCUUCUUGGAACAAACCAGUGGCAAAGUGCAUCAUUGUUGACUGUGGUCAACCUUCGAACGUAGACAGCGGUGCUGUUACAUGCGUUACGGGGCCUGAGAAGACCACCUACAAUGCUGAAAUUCAGUACCAGUGUGAAGCCACCUUCUACCCCAUGAAGGCUGCUAAUAACGGUGAAUACAUAUGCCCUGAUGAUGGAUACUGGAAAAACUCCAAAGGAGAAAUGACCCCUCUUGCCUGUGAACCAGUUUGUAGAACGCGGAGAAGUGGAACUGUGGCACAUGUAUAUGGAGGAAGGCAAGCCAAGCCUGGAGACUUUCCCUGGUAAAUGAUGUUAAUUACAGAGCAAGGAGGAUUAGGAGGUGGUUUGCUUUUGUAUGACAACCAGGUUCUAACAGCUGCUCAUGGUGUAGUUGAUCAAAGAAACCCCUCAGCUUUGAGGAUUAAAUUGAGGAUUUUGAACAAAUGCUCAUUUUGCUAUGAAGAAGCCCGGGCAGAAAAAUUUAUUAUUCAUGAAGGUUAUAAAAAUGAUCUCGUCAGCUUUGACGACGAUACUGUGUUGGUUAGACCGGAGCAUAAAGUCUCAAUUAGUACCAAUAUCAGACCCUUUUGUUUACCAGGAAAAGAAGACAGAUUUCAAAUGGAAGCAAAUGAUGGGGUAGCUCUGUCGAGGUGGGGAAGAACCGAGACGAGGCGCUCUUCUGUUCUGCUGCUGUGUACCGAGUUGGUAGUCAUCAGCCCGAAAGAAUGCCCAGACGUGUACACAAAUCAAUCAGGUAAUGGAAAACCCGCUGUGUGCUGGCGCUGAGGGAGGGGCAGCGGUGCCUGCCAGAGGGGCAGCGGAGCACCACUGGGGCUCUCAGAUGCUCAGGGCAGCAAAUGGUUUAUUGUUGGUAUUGUGUCCUGGGGUUUAGACUGUGCUCUUGUGGGGCAGUAUGGGGUCUAUACAGGAGUCGCCAAUUACAGCCCUUGGAUUGAAAGCAUUACUUUAAAUAAUUCUUAA